UCUUUAAGAUGAGCUGAAAGAAAACUGUAAAAGAAAUCAAACAAAUUAUGAAAAGUUGAUUAUUUAAAUCGAGAAACAUCAUACGUUUGCAAAUAAUCACCGUAAAUAUUUUUUGUGUAACACGAAAAGUCAUCUUUUGCAAAAUGUUCCAUUUUCUAAAAUUCAUAUUCUAUUUCACGUUUAGACAAGUUUGGACGGGCUCCUUAGUGGGCGGAACGCCAAAACCCUUCCCCGGAUGUGACCGUUAGCAACGUCAUGCAAACAAGGAAGUGAAACUCAGAAGCGGCUAGUUUAAGUUUUUUUUCCAGCUGAACCACUACUAUUGCCAUUAGAAACGGACAAUAUGUUGUUUUACUAAAUAAAUAAAUAAUGCUUGGUUAUUUUAUAGGAUUUGUGGCAGUUUUAACCGCUGCAUGUUGACGGCUUGUAAUGGUUUUAUCUCUUUUGAACUCCUCGGUUGGUAGCUAACUUUAGGCUAGUCACCGGGCUAACGACUUUGGGUAUAUUUUCCUCUGAAUUCCAGCAAUUUGUCUGCACAGUUCAUUUCUUUUGGCAGAAAUAUAUGGCUCUUGUUAGCUGGUUUAUAUUAUAUAAUCGUUUGACAGACAUCACAAACGGACGAGUGCAUGAAUAUCGCCGUUAUGGGAGACAAAGAAAUCUGCCUUAUUGACAAGAAGAUUACAAGUUUGCUGGGUCUUCCCUUGAGUCCUGCUGUGACGUCACUGAAUGUGCAUUGCAAUCACAUAACAAGGAUCGAAGGUCUGUCCUCAGCUUGGCAUCUACGACACUUAGACCUUUCUUCCAAUCGCAUUUCUAAGAUUGAGGGUCUGAAUUCCCUCACUUCUCUGCGGACUUUGAAUUUAUCAUCCAACUUAAUCACUAAGGUUGAAGGACUGAAUGGCCUUGUGAAUUUAACAAGAUUAAACCUGUCCUACAAUCAGAUUAAUAAUCUUACUGGUCUGUUGUAUCUCCAUGGCACGGAGUACAAGCUCAAGCACCUCAGUCUCCAUAGCAACUACCUAGACAACAUCGAUCAUCUUCUGCAGUGCCUUUUGGGGUUACAAGGUUUACGGGACAUCACUUUAAGUCAGGAUGGUGGAGACAACCCUGUCUGUAGUUCACCAGGUUACUGGGAUGUGGUUAUGGAGUCGCUGCCACAAAUUUCUGUUCUGGAUAGACUGGAUCGACUGAGACAUCCACCAUCUCCUGGUAUCAGUAGCCUCUGUGACAUCCCUGGAGGCCUGGAGGACUACGUGGAGUUUUUGCUCUCCUCAGAUACAAGUCACAGCGAAGCAAUUAAGGGGGCUGUUGCGACUCCCCGCAUCGACAAGGUGCUUACCCAGGUUCGUCAGCAGAUUGCCUCAGAAGCAGCCACAGAUCCAGUCACACAGCCAGUCAGUCAGAGCUCCCAGCCAGUUCGUUCCACUGCAGCUGAUCUACCGCAUCCCAUUAAUGAAGAACGACUUAGGAAACUGGAGCACCAGGUGUCCCAACUCAUCCAGCAGGUCCCUGUGGGUGAAAAAUCAACUAUGUCUACCCAGUCUGUGGUUAAGCUACGGAAAGCCAAAAGGGACACAGAUCAUACAUCAGAAAGUGAGUGUGAGAGUGGGAAGGAAAACCAGAAUCACACAAGGAUACUCAAACAAAGUAGCAUCAUGACUUCAAGUGCGUCCACUCAGGAGACCAAGAGCACGAGAUCAGACAGCGAUCAUGAAAUUUGUAAACUCAAGACUUCAAAGUUUGCUUUGGGGCCCAGAAGAAAAAGUGCUAUUGGAGGAGGGGUUCAGGCAGCAGCACAAACAAGAAAAGCACCUUUGAGAGCAGCCAAGGCUUCAGGCGAUGUCAAAGCAAAGUCCAUCCAAGGAGAAGAAACCUACAGGACGAUUGUGGAAGAGCGUGAUCAGGAAAUGGAGAGACGUUGGAAGGCGGAGCAAGCUGUGCGAAAGCUGACGGAGGAGUUGAAGUGCCUGCAGACAAAGGUCAGCGAGGAGAAGGACCUCCAGAGCAUGGCUCUGCACACCACAGACAGACUGAAGGAGUUGCUGCUGAAAGAGAGAUCAGGACGCUCUGAGCUACAGGCUCAUGUUGAGGAGCUGGAGAGGAGGUGUCAGUCUCUAACCCAGCAGUUGGAGCAGGCCCGCAGCAGUGAAGAGCAACACAAGACUGCAUUGCAUAGAUUGGAGGAAAGCAUCACCCACAGAGAUGCACUCAGGGCCUGCCAGCAGGCGGAAGAGAUGAAACGUUACCAGGAGCUGGAAAACAAGGCAGCAGCUCUGAAGAGAGAGCUGGACAUUCAGAGAGCCUCAGUCCACCAGCACAAAGACAAACUGCAGCAGCUGCAUGAGCUACUGGCUUCUAGAGAACAAGAGCACAGAAGGCAGCUGGAGUUGCGGUUACAGCCUGGUGGGGCAGAUUUCAGGGAGGCAGUGGCGAAGGAAGUAACAUUGGUGGAUGAGAAACACAAACAAAAGGAGGCAGAGCUGCAGGAAAAACUGACAGAGGGCAGGAAACAGUACGCUGCUCUGGAGGAUGAGUUCCGCAUGGCGCUAACCAUCGAGGCUGCUCGCUUCUCUGAGAUGAAGGAGGCGUGUGAUCACAUGACUGCAGAGCUGAUGGAGCUCAAGGCGGCCCUCGCUGAGUCUCAGCAGAGGGAGAAGAAAUCAGCCUCUCUGGUGCCAGAACUCACAGCUAUGGUGAAAGAACAGAAGACUCGCAUCUCUGAGCUCAUCAAAGCCAAGAAAGAUGCUGUCACUGAUCUCAAGAACCGGCUGUACUCCUUGGAAGGAGAGGUGGAACAGAGCCGGCGACAGAAACUGCAGCUCGAGGUUCUUAAGAAAGACAAGGCACGGCUCAUGUCUCAGCUCACAGCUCAGGAGUCUGUGAUAGACGGCCUUAGAGCCGAGAGGAGGAUCUGGGGCCAAGAGCUCGCUCAGCAAGGUGCAUCUCUGGCGCAGGAUCGGGGGCGCCUGGAGGCUAGGAUUGAGGUGUUGACCAAUGAGCUGGAAUCUCAGAGGAAACAGAAUCAGAGGGAUGAAGAUGCCCUUAAAAUAAAAACCAAAAUCAUGGAUGACCAGACAGGGACUAUUCGCAAACUCAAACAGUCGCUGCAGGAGCGUGACGAUCAGAUCCGUAGGCUGAGGGAGGAAGCUUUGCAGAUCCAAAAGACGUUCCAGCAGCAGCUUGAGGAGGAAACAGGCCAACAGGCUGAGCUCAAGGAGCAGCUGGCACAUCUGAAUCUGCAUAAGAAUGAGCUGAAACAGCAGGUGGAAGACAAGGAUGCAGAACUUGAGGAGAUCAGACGAGUGUACAGAGACUCCAACAAGAAGUGGCAGGAGAAGGCAGAGCUACUCACUCGACUUGAGAGCCAAGUGAAGCGCAUGAAGGAAAAUUUUGAUUCCAAGGAGCGCCAGCUGCUGGAGGAAAGAGAUAAAGCAGCAGAUGCACACAAAGCUGCCGUGGAAAAGUUGCGCUGUGUGGAUGAUGCUUUUCGUCAACAACUGGAGUCUGUCCAGGCCGCGCAUCAAGCUGAGCUGCUCGGGCUGUCUAAGGAAAAACAAACACAGAUAGAACAGGCUAAUCAGAAGGUAUUUGAAGUAGAAGAGGAAAUGCGUCAACUUCUCCUGGAGACAGAAGCUAACAAAAGAAUCAUGGAGGAGAAAAUGAAACGUCUCACGAGUGUGCUAAAAGACUUCAACACAUGAAUUAUUAGAACACUGGACAGUUCGAAUUUUGAAACAGUUUUCAAACACAAAUGUAUUUUCUGUAAAUUGGGUAAAAUAUUUAUUGCGCUUUAGUCUGAGCUAUCUAAUAAAUUCAUAUUGAAAGAAUUGAGGUGUUUAUUCAAUAAUAAAGAGGAUGAGUCAGAUGCAGAAAAAGGUUUCAGCUCAGGUUACUAGAAUUUGCAAUUCUCUGUUUGGUCAACCAAGAAAACAUAGUAUAGUGAAUGUUUACUCUGUCAGGGCUCUUGCAGGUUACAUUUUUCUCAUUUCACUUACAGGUUUCACAGUUCUGAAGUACUAAGAUUUAUUUGUUAUGCAAAAACCUUAAAAUUGGAGAUGUUUCUAGUUUUUAACAGAUCAUUUUUGCUUUGUUGAAAACAAACAAAAACUGCAUUUUAAAAGUAAUUUCGACGAGUAAAAUCCCAGUUUUUGUCAAACAUGCUGAAGAUUGAGAUAGAGGUUAAUAAAGCUAUAUUUUUAAA